AUGGGCACAGCCAACGACAGCACCUUCAGCCAUUUCAUCCUUGUAGGCUUCUCUGACCGGCCCCAGCUGGAAAGGGUCCUCUUCGCGGUCAUCCUGCCUGCCUACCUCCUGACCCUGCUGGGCAACAGCACCAUCAUCCUGGUGUCCAGGCUGGACCCGCACCUGCACACCCCCAUGUACUUCUUCCUCACACACCUGUCCUUCCUGGACCUCAGCUUCACCAGCAGCUCCAUCCCGCAGCUGCUCUACAACCUCAGUGGGCAGGACAAGACCAUCAGCUAUGUGGGCUGCGCCCUGCAGCUGGUCCUGUUCCUGGGCCUGGGGGGUGUGGAGUGCUUGCUGCUAGCUGUCAUGGCCUAUGACCGCUUUGUGGCCGUCUGCAAGCCCCUGCACUACAUGGUGGUCAUGAGCCCCAAGCUCUGCCUGGGCCUGGUCUCAGUGGCCUGGAGCUGCGGGGUAGCCAAUUCUUUGGCCAUGUCUCCAGUGACCCUCAGCUUACCCCGCUGCGGGCGCCGCAGGGUGGACCACUUCCUCUGUGAAAUGCCCGCCCUCAUCAGGAUGGCCUGCGUCAACACUGCGGUUGAAGGCACAGUCUUCGUUCUGGCGAUAGGCAUCGUGCUGUCUCCCCUGGUGUUCAUCUUGGUCUCCUACGGCUACAUCGUGAGGGCCGUGCUGCAAAUCCGCUCCGCGGCAGGGCGGCAAAAGGCCUUCAACACGUGUGGCUCGCACCUCACCGUGGUCUCGCUGUUCUACGGAAAUAUCAUCUACAUGUACAUGCAGCCGGGGAACAGCUCCUCCCAGGACCAGGGCAAGUUCCUCACCCUCUUCUACAACAUCGUCACCCCUCUCCUCAACCCUCUGAUCUACACGCUCAGGAACAAGGAGGUGAAGGGGGCGCUCCGGAGGCUGCUGCUGGGCAGCAGAGAGAGAACGGAAGUAAGGGCUGGUUCCAGACAGACCAGAGGGAAGCUGUCUUGGUGA